ACACGCUAUACCACAUCACGUGUAAACUUCAUUAUCUCACAUCACGUGUAAACUUCAUUGUCACACAUCACGGGUAAACUUCAUUGUCUCACAUCACGGGUAAACUUCAUUAUCUCACAUCACGUGUAAACUCCAUUGUCUCACAUCACGGGUAAACUUCAUUAUCUCACAUCACGUGUAAACUUCAUUGUCUCACAUCACGGGUAAACUUCAUUAUCACAUAUCACGUGUAAACUUCAUUAUCUCACAUCACGGGUAAACUUCAUUAUCUCACAUCACGUGUAAACUUCAUUAUCUCACAUCACGUGUAAACUUCAUUAUCUCACAUCACGGGUAAACUUCAUUGUCUCACAUCACGGGUAAACUUCAUUAUCUCACAUCACGUGUAAACUUCAUUGUCUCACAUCACGGGUAAACUUCAUUAUCUCACAUCACGUGUAAACUUCAUUGUCUCACAUCACGGGUAAACUUCAUUAUCACAUAUCACGUGUAAACUUCAUUAUCUCACAUCACGUGUAAACUUCAUUAUCUCACAUCACGUGUAAACUUCAUUAUCUCACAUCACGGGUAAACUUCAUUAUCUCACAUCACGUGUAAACUUCAUUAUCUCACAUCACGUGUCAACUUCAUUAUCUCACAUCACGUGUAAACUUCAUUAUCACACAUCACGUGUAAACUUCAUUAUCACACAUCACGAGUAAACUUCAUUAUCUCACAUCACGUGUAAACUUCAUUAUACCACAUCACGUGUAAACUUCAUUAUACCACAUCACGUGUAAACUUCAUUAUCACACAUCACGUGUAAACUUCAUUAUCUCACAUCACGUGUAAACUUCAUUAUACCACAUCACGGGUAAACUUCAUUAUCUCACAUCACGUGUAAACUUUAUUAUCUCACAUCACGGGUAAACUUCAUUAUCUCACAUCACGUGUAAACUUCAUUAUCUCACAUCACGGGUAAACUUCAUUAUCUCACAUCACGGGUAAACUUUAUUAUCUCACAUCACGUGUAAACUUUAUUAUCUCACAUCACGGGUAAACUUCAUUAUCUCACAUCACGUGUAAACUUCAUUAUCUCACAUCACGUGUAAACUUCAUUAUCUCACAUCACGUGUAAACUUCAUUAUCUCACAUCACGUGUAAACUUCAUUAUCUCACAUCACGGGUAAACUUCAUUAUCUCACAUCACGUGUAAACUUCAUUAUCUCACAUCACGUGUAAACUUCAUUAUCUCACAUCACGUGUAAACUUUAUUAUCUCACAUCACGGGUAAACUUCAUUAUCUCACAUCACGUGUAAACUUCAUUAUCUCACAUCACGUGUAAACUUCAUUAUCUCACAUCACGUGUAAACUUUAUUAUCUCACAUCACGGGUAAACUUCAUUAUCUCACAUCACGGGUUAACAUUAUUAUCUCGAGCCCUUAUAACUUGAAAACCUUACUAAACUCAAAGUAAAAAAGAUAUUUUCAACAGUUAAACUGAACACUCUGCAUUUUUUUUUCUUAUGACCAAAAUAACACCGAGAUAUCGAAGUUCGAUGGUAGUUUCACAAUUCACAAUUAUCACGUUUUAUCUCAUCUAAUUUCAGCGCUGCACUGCACUUCAGAUUAAUUAUAUCUGCACACGAACAAUCACUGUGUUAGCAUGGCAACGCCGUAUGGCCACCAUUUUGAUAUUAUAUGCAUUUUACUCCGUUUUCCACAGUGAACCUGAGCAAAAUACGCUGGAAACGCAGCCAUCCACUGCGACCCCAAUAAUUGACGAGGGCCACGGAAAACAAGCUUCUCGACAACCCAGGUAUGACGUCAAAGGAGAUUCCGGCCAUCAAGGUUUUAUAGAACCCAUUCCGGAUUUGAAUGAAAAUUACAGAAAAAAAAAAGAUAACUUUUUAAGUAUUUUAGAUGUUCCGGACGAGGAUGCACAGUCGUUCCAUUCCCAUCGUGAUAUUAUUGAAAAUUCUCAAAUCAGGCAAACUUUUAGGAAUCAAAAUCCCACUGUUCCGAAACUGCCGAACACAAUUACACACACCGGUUUUCAUCCACAUGAUGGCUUAAACAUCAUGCGAAUUCCCGAAGAGGAUCUAUUUUCACAAGAUUCGUUUCCUGAAUACAAUUCGGCGUCUUACAACAGUAGGACGAUAAAGAAACCAUUAAAAGAGCAAACUUCCGGUGUAAAAGAGCAAACUUCCGGUGUAAUAAGAAUUGUGAACAAAGGUUUAGACCAGAGAAGGAUGACGCCAUGGGGUGCUGGAAAAGCUAUCACUAAAAUAAAAACGAUCUCAGAAUCUCCGGAAAUCAUGCAACCAGAAAAUAGGUGGACAAAAAAUCGCAGUCCGGAAAUGACAUAUUAUUUUCCUGGAAUUGAGAGUCGACAUGGAGACGUAAAGUCAAUACGGGAUAUGUUAUUGUCGCUACAUUCGUCUGGCUUCCGUAAAUCACCUACGGUCGUAUUGACGGACCGACACGCGCACGAGACCCCAACCAGGUGAUGCACUGCUUAUAUCUCAUGGAAAAUAAUCCACACCCAGCAUUCUAUUAAGUAUAGGUGUGGCUUUGCUUUCAAUAUACUUUCCUAUUUAGUCCAAAAAUAAAGACGCGUAUUCCUUUUAAGCUUUUUGUCAUCUGUAAGUCACAGCGUUCAUGAUUUCACUGAAGUUUUAAUUAAAUGCACUGUAUGUCGCAACGUUCAUCCUUACAAUGAAGUUUAAGUUGCAUGAAUUUUGCACCACAGCGUUCGUGCUUUACAUUCAGUUUUAGUUUCGUGCGCUGUACGUCACUCCUAGCGUUCAUGGGUCCACUGUAUAGUUUAGCUACAUGUACAGUACGUCAAAGCGUGUUUGGUUUCAUCAAUGUUUUAGUUGCAUGUCCUGUACGUCUCGACGUUCAUUGUUUCACUGAAGUUUUAGUAACAUGUACUGUACGUCACGUCGCUUGAAUUUAAGUGAUAUGUACUUUACGUCACAGCGUUAAUAGUUCCAUUAAAUUUUAGUUAUAUGAACUGUACGUGAAAGCAUUCUUGGUUACACUAAAUUUGUAUUUACUUGUACAACUGUUCAGCUUUAAUUUGUGGAAGAUUUAUAUUAGCAUCCCACUUUAAUUUACACUUAUGUCAGUUUCACAGACAGACACAGGUCGACAUAUAUUCGAGGAGGUCUUAUUUUCAGGUUUGACGAACACAUAUUUCUCCAUUUUCAACAUUUAAAUUGUCAGGUGGCACAGUAGUAACACACCUUCCUAUCAUGUAAGCGGCCGAGGUUCGAUUCCCUGAUCGGACGUGAAAAUGUUGUAUCACCUCUCACAGUAAGACCUUUCGCGCGCUCCCAUUCGGGCUAACAAAAGUGAUUUGUUGUAUCACCUCUCACAGUAAGACCUUUCGCGCGCUCCCAUUCGGGCUAACAAAAGUGAUUAAUAUCAGUUUGUAUCGCUUGUUUUGCAUUUGUUGUUGAAUAAAUGAACUUUAUUUUAAGCUAUUUACGUUUUAUCCGUAAAAGCUUAAUGUUUUAUAUAGAUACUGCUGAACACUGUUUUACGUGAAGUAGCAUUGAUUCGUACAACAGAAAACUUAUUUCCCCCAAAAAAUGUUACAGGUAUUUCAGACCGUGCAUAUUUCGUGAAAAAUAAAACCUGGUAUUUUGAGCGUUUACUUCACGGGAUAGAUACCAUGCAUGUUCGCGUUCUGUUAUACAUUUCGUAAAAGUGAUUGCUUCUCCCGAACUUUAAUUUCUUGUACUGCUGUGCAUUUAUUAAGAAAUAAAAAAGAGAGAGAGAAAGAAAAAAAAUCCGUCGAUGUUCUUUUUUUAAUUUAUCGCACAAUAUGCAUUUAUAAUUGAAGAUAACUAAACGUCGAAGUAUUAUUAUGAUUUAAUUCUAUGUGGUUUCAUGUUCGCUGUACAUGUGUUAUCUCACUUUAACGGUCCGGAGAUGAAAUCAUAUUAAGUCAUAAUAUUAGUUUCGACUCUAGCAACCAUUGACGGUGACUUGGGAGACACUUUGCCCUAUCUCGCUCUGGAUGGCAGUUAAAGCUGCGUCGUUAACAUUUCCCCAAUAAAUGUUCACGUUUAACACUAAAAAGCAGCAAAACAAAUUAGAAUAAAAUAAAAUUUUAUUUUUAUACAUACAUGUACUAGUAAAACAAUUAAUAUGCGUUUUGCACGUGAAUUUCAUCACCCGAUCCCGCAAUGUAUGUGCGUCAAUUACCAUCUUUUUUUGCAAAUAUCCUCUAGUAUCCGUCUAAAUCUGACAACUCCAAUUAAAAUCUGUCAAUAUUCGCCAGUAUUGGUCCUAAUCGGUCAAUAAUCUUUAAAAAGUUUGUCAAUUUCGUAAAUAUCCAUUUAGGGAAUUGCCGUCAGUUCGCUUUAUACUUAGUUAAAAUCAAGCAAUGUUACUUGGCGUAACACAAAGUCAAUUUUACGUUGUUUUUGUUUUUUGUUUUUGUUUUGUUUUGUAUUUUUUUUUUUUUUUUUAAUUAUCAUUUUUUCAUAUUUCAAAAUAAUGAUGAACUUAUAUAAAAAAAAAUAUGUGAGUUGUUGAACGUUUCACACAUUGAUAUGUUAUUUAAGAUGAAAACAUGGCAGAGCACAUGUUUAACAUUUUCCAAUAAAGACACUUUAAACAAUGCC